CAGCUCUGAGGAAAAGACUCAGCUGACACAACAUGGCUCGACUCGCCUUCUUGGCUGGACUGUCCCUUUUGAUGUGUCUCCAGAUGGUGUCCUCCACCAAACUGGUGUGCUACUUCACCAACUGGUCCCAGUAUCGACCUGGUGUCGGCAAAUAUCUGCCGGCCAAUGUAGACCCCAACCUCUGCACGCACCUGAUCUACGCCUUCUCAAUAAUCAGCCAUUCUAACGAGCUGUCGCCCUAUGAGUGGAAUGAUGAUGUUCUCUAUAAAUCCUUCAAUGAUCUCAAGAACAGAAACCCGCGGCUGAAGACUCUGCUGGCCGUUGGUGGGUGGAACUUUGGAAGUACACAAUUUACCAUCAUGGUCGCAUCCCCUGCCAACCGCCAGAGAUUCAUCCAAUCCUCUAUCAAAUUCUUGAGACUGCAUGGCUUUGACGGGCUGGACUUGGACUGGGAGUAUCCUGGAGCACGAGGAAGCCCACCAGAAGACAAGAAGAGGUUCACAGUGCUCUGUCAGGAAUUACUCGCCGCUUUCGAAAAAGAAGCCACUGAGACCAGAAGACCACGACUGCUGCUCACAGCUGCAGUGGCUGCUGGAAAGGGAAACAUCGACAAUGGAUAUGAGAUUGCUGACGUCUCAAAGUUCCUCGACUUCAUAAAUGUCAUGACCUAUGACUUCCACGGAGCCUGGGAUCCAUUCACUGGUCACAACAGCCCUCUGUACCGCAGCUCUUUCGACCAGGGUGAGCUCAUCUACUUCAAUAUGGACUUUGCUAUAAAAUACUGGAGAGACCAAGGAGCUCCUCUUGAAAAGCUCAUGCUUGGUUUUGCUACAUAUGGACGCACAUUUCGCACAACAUCAUCAGCAAACGGCGUUGGAGCACCAGCUAGUGGAGCAGCCUCUGCUGGGCCCUACACCCGUGAAGCUGGGUUUUGGUCCUACUAUGAGAUUUGCACGUUCCUCCAAGGAGGCAGUGUCCACUGGAGUGAUGAGCAAAUGGUGCCAUAUGCCAUUAAAGGAAAUGAGUGGGUUGGGUUUGAUAACAAGCAGAGCUUUGAAAUCAAGGUACGGUACCUGAAACAUAACAAAUAUGGAGGAGCCUUCAUCUGGUCUCUAGAUCUGGAUGAUUUCAGUGGACAGUUCUGUGGACAGGGAAACUACCCCCUCAUUGGUUAUCUGCGCUCUCUUCUGGAUGCAGACUUACCACCUCCACCUCCUGUAACCACACAUCCACCAGGGAUCACUACGACCCGACCAGGCUUACCCAGCACGACUGCCACCACUCCCACAACUACUGAUGCCAAAACGACCACCACAGGUGUUAUUUCUGGAGGUAGUUUCUGUGCUGGGAAGGCUGACGGCCUCUAUGUAAAUGACAAGAACCGCAACUCCUUUUAUCAGUGUUUCCAUGGAAUCACAUACCUCCAGCAAUGUCCAACUAAUCUUGUUUUCAAUGACAAAUGCAACUGCUGCAACUGGGCUUAA